UCCUCAAAUUCUCCUAGUAGAGCUUCCUUAAUCACCCUAUCAAAUUUCUCUCUCUAAAAUCUAAAUCCUCUGUUCUGCCAAACAAAAAAAAUGGCCAAGCAAAAGGUAGUGAUCGGCAUCUCUGUGAAGGACCAGAAGGCUCGUGCCAAGGCUUUCAAGAUUGCCGUAAGCCUCUCAGGAGUUGAUUCGGCGUGUAUACAAGAUGAGAAGGGGCAGUUAGAGGUGGUGGGGGAGGUGGACGCGGUGGCUCUGGCUAACCAGCUGAGGAAGAGGUUGGGGCAGGCGGAGCUUCUAAGCGUCGCCUCCGCCGAGAAAAAGGAGGAGAAGAAGGCGGAGACGCCGGCACCACAAACCGUGACGUUCACUUAUCAUCCUAAUUUAUAUCAUAAUGCAAUUCCUCACCCUUACUACGCUUACCCAGUAGUUCAAAAUGAACCCGGGUGCUCUGUCAUGUAAACUGGCCGACGCCAAUGAAUUGAAGUGAUCGAGAUAGAUCAGAUCAUCUUUGGAUGUUGUUUAAAGUCAAAAUCAAUCAAUAGAAUGCAUAUAUAUAUGAUGUUAAAAUAAUUAAACUAUCAA